ACGGCGCGGCUCCCGUAGUCCGGAAGCACCUGGCGGGGUCCGCCGAACCCCGUUGCUAUGAGCGGCCCUUAGCAACCGGGGCGCUGGCGAUGCUUGCAGACGGAGUGGGUGGAAGUAACCGGGGUCCUUGCUCGAAGUGUUCGGGCGCUUCGUGACUUUGGGGGUGUUCGUGAACUGGCAGCGCCGUAGUGUGAUGAAGAAUGCCAGUUGAAGUGCCCAUCUCACAGCAUUACAAUUCACAUUGACGUGGCCCCUCAGUAACAGCAGGCUCCACUUACCACUCAAGGUUAAAGCGCCGGGGAAGACUGAAAUCAUUGAGGCGGGUGUGGAAGAGGAGCAGGUGUUUAGUGCCAUCUAUCAGCCUCUCGCUCGGAGGAAGGUGACUGCAUUCGAAAGGUCUCUCUCUCCUUCCCUUGAAGGAGGAUGGUGCUGGAGAUCUGGGUCUUUGCCAGGAUUUAAUCGUGAGUGACCAUGUUACACCUGACUUUCAGUGCCUGUGGAUUUAUGGCCAUUUACCAUCUGGGUGCAGCAGUUGCCCUACACAGACACGGGCACAAACUCCUUGCCAAGAUGCAGAACUACGCUGGAGCUUCUGGUGGAGCCAUGGUUGCUGCCGUUCUGCUUACGCAGCCCGAAACGUUAGAGCAAUGUAAAGAAUUUACCUACGAGUUUGCCGCUGAUGUCAGGAGACAGAUGUUUGGAGCAAUAACCCCUGGCUAUGACUUUAUGAAGUUUCUUAGGGAGGGCAUGAACUCGAUACUUACAGCUGACGCACACACGAAAGCUCACGGCCGGCUCCAUGUCUCCGUCACAAACGUCAAGACUCUAAAAAACUGUAUGAUCUCCUCGUUUCCUACCAGGGAGGAUCUCAUGACGGUUCUACUUGCCAGCAGCUUUGUGCCUCUCUACGCUGGGUUCAGGGCCGUGGAGUACAAAGGAGAAUCUUGGAUUGAUGGCGGGCUGACAAACAGGCUUCCGAUCUUAUCCAGCGGGAGGACCUUGACUGUAUCACCUUUCAGUGGCAAGUUGGACAUCUGCCCUCAAGAUGAAGACCAAAAAAAUUUAUACAUCACGAUUGCAAAGCAAGAUUUCAUUUUGUCCGUUGCAAAUUUUGUCAAGCUCAAUCAUGCGUUGUUCCCACCCAACAAAGAGAGGAUGGAGUCUCUGUAUCACAAAGGGUUCGAUGAUGCUGUGAGGUUUCUGCGGAAUAAAAACUACUUCCAGUAAUUCAUUGAAUCUUGCAAAUCUUUUUCUAUUUGGCAUGGUGUGCAUUGACACAAGCUGUGAAAAAACGGAUUUAAAAUCUUGAUUUUAUUAGGAGGUUAUGAAGGAUCUCAACUUGAAAUGCCAACUGUCCAUUUCCCUCCACAGAUGCCGACUGAGUUCCCUAACAGCUCAUUUUAGGCCAUAAGACACAGGAGCAGAAUCAGGCCAUUUGGCCCAUCAAGUUUUGUGAUCUUGGCUUUAUUAAGUAGAAUUUUGAGAUUUUGUUCUACUUGUAUUUUUUCAUUAACUAAGAUCAUUCAAUAAAAGCAAGGGUCACUGUUGAGCAAAUCCACUAAAGAUUUCGAGUCAUAGAGCUACACCACACAGAAACAGCUAAGAUUAGCUUUAUUAGUCACAUAUGCAUUGAGACAUACAGCAAGAUAUGUCAUUUGUGCCAGCAACUAACACAGUCUGAGGAUGUGCUGGAGAUAGCCGGCAAAUGUUACCAUGUUUACAAUGCCAACAUGGCAUAUCUACAAUUAACCCUAACUCAUACAUUUUUGGAAUGUGGAAGGAAAUUGCAGUACCCCACACAAGCAACGUGUUCACAGGGAGAACUUCUUAUAGACAGUGGACAGAAUUCGACCCCGAUUGUAAAGUGUUAUGCUAGCUGCUACAGCACCAGCACCCUUCAGUUGAAUCAGGGUGCCCAUCUAAACUAACCCUACUUGCAUGUGUUUGUCACAUAUCACUCUAGACCAAGGUUCCCAAUCUGGGGUCUUCAGAUCCCUCGGUUAAUGGUAUGGAUCCAAGGCAUAGAAAGAUUGGGAGCCUCUGCUCUAAACCCUUCCUAGCCUUGUAGCUGUCCAGCUGCCUUUUACAUAUGAACUGCCUCCAACGGACUAUGUCUAUACUUCUCACUGCCAAUUCCAAACAUCCUCUCAUCUCCCUUCUUCCAUUGAGCAGAAGAUACAAAAGUCUGAAAUCACAUGCCACCAGGCUCAAGGACAGCUUCUAUGCUGUUGUACGUUAAGACGGAUUCAAACUCGUUACGAUCUUGCACCGUAUCAUUGACCUGCACUUCACUUUUACACUUUAUUCUGAAUUGUUAUUGUUUUACCUUAUUCCAGCUCAAUGCACUGUGUAAUGAUCUGGUCUGCAUGAACAGUAUGCAAGACAAGCUUUUCAUUGUAUUUUGGUACAUGUGCCAAUGAUAAACCAAUGCCAGUAUGAAUUUAUUAUUAUGAUAGAUGCUGUUCAUGCUACUGGUGCUUGCCAGUUCUAACCCUGGAAUCUUUUUCUUUUUGGGGACCAAUAUCACAUAUAUUUACACAGGUCCUGAGGUUUGGAGUAAAAUGACGGGGCUCCAGGCAGCAAACUGGGUACCCAAAUGUCAACCACAGGAUGUAAUAUAUGACAAGCAAAAGCAGAGCAUAGUGGAAAUAUACUUAGAGACCACUUAAUGAGGUGAACCUGAGCUGUACAUUCACAGCAAGGCAAUCUAGAUUUUUGUGCAAGUUUACAAAGUCAAUGAAUGGCUAGAUACACUCAAUGGCCAUCCACUUCAUUAAUGCAAAUAUCUAAUCAGCUAAUCAUGUGGCAGCAACUCAAUGCAUAAAAGCAUGCAGACAUAGUCAAGAGGUUCAGUUGUUCAGACCAAACAUCGGACUGGGGAAGAAAUGUGAUCUAAGUGGCAUUGUUUGCUGACUUUGAGCUAAGUGGCUCAGAUGCAGUGGCCUCUCUGGGUUUAAAGGUUCAUUUAAGUUAAGUCAAGUCAACUUUUAUUGUCAUUUCGACCAUAACUGCUGGUACAGUGCAUAGUAAAAAUGAGACAAUUUGUUAUUAAAGUAGCUAUGCGAUA